AUGCCACUUUUAUUAAUUUUUACAUCAAUCUUGUGUUUAUGUCUUAGAAGUGCAACUGGAUUAGGAGAAAUUAUUUAUGCAAUUAACGCUGGAGGUCCUGCUCACACUGACAUUUAUGGAGUUCAAUACGAAAAGGAUCCAUUGCAAGGCAGAGUUGGCACUGCUUCCGAUUACGGAAAGCAAUUGGUUAUGAUAGGACGAGUGAAUCCAAAAGAUGAAAUACUUUAUCAAACCGAAAGAUACCACCACAGCACUUUCGGCUAUGAUAUACCUGCUAAUAAAGACGGUGAUUACGUCUUAGUUCUGAAAUUCAGUGAAGUUUACUUUAGUGCUCCCAACAUGAAAGUGUUUGAUGUGGUUCUCAAUGGGGACCAUACUAUUGUUGCUGAUUUAGAUAUAUUUGACAAAGUCGGACGAGGAGUUGCUCAUGAUGAAUACAUUCCAUACUCCAUUAAAAAUGGUAAACUGUAUUAUAAUGAAGAAGAAUCUGAUAUUCGAGGAGGCAAAAUCAAAGUAGAAUUUAUUAAAGGUUAUAGAGAUAACCCCAAAAUUAAUGCAUUGUAUGUAAUGAGAGGUACCAUUGAUGAGGUACCCAAACUGCCCCCAUUGGUGUGGCAUGAAAAUGAAGCUGAGGAACAAAGAGAAGAAGUCGAGGAAGCAAACACAAAAUCCCGCAAAGCCAGUGGACCUAAACAGCCAGACCCAUAUUCAAUGGAUGAAAGCUCUGUACUUAUUCCUGUCUUUAUCACAAUUGGUGCUUUUGUUCCUCUUUUGUUCUGUCUUUGUAAACUUUAG